AUGUGUAUCAUCGUCUGUUUCCUGUCGAUUUAUUUUUCAGUGGUUUUGUUCGCGACUCUGCGUGCCUCUGCUGCCUGGACCUGCUCUCGCCUCUGUCCCACAGUGUGCACUUGUUCUGCUGAGAGAAACUGUGUCGUUCUCUGUGACCGAGCCGGAUUGCAGCAAGUCCUCAGCGACUUCCCAUGGGAGGCCUCCCUUAUCAGUUUGGAGAAAAAUAACAUCAAAUUUUUGUCAGAGAAGGCCUUCGGUACUCUUCCAGCCCUCCGCUCUUUAUCCUUAAACCACAACAAUCUCUCUUUCAUUACCCCAGGCGCAUUUAAAGGGCUGCCCCAUCUCAGCGAACUCCAACUCGCCCACAACGAGUUUAUUAAGUAUCUGCACACCAGAACGUUCACUAAUCUCAAACGACUUAAGAAGCUCGAUUUGUCUAAUUGCAAUCUAUUUAAUAUCCCAGACCGGAUCUUUAUAGCAGUUCCCUCUCUGCAGGAGUUGGCUAUGUGGCAGAAUAACUUCAGGAGAAUCCCUGCAGCAGUGAGGGCCACAGAGACUCUCAGGCUUUUGUAUCUGGAGAGGAACAGAAUUGAAGCAGUGGCUUAUAACUCUCUGCAAGGAUUACGCCGUUUGAAAUAUUUAAAUUUACAAAACAACAAAAUUGCGGUAAUCCACGAAAAAGGUUUUAAAGACUGCGUGGAAUUGGAAUAUCUCUAUCUUAAUGAUAACGUCCUGAGGAACCUUCCCGAGUUUGCUUUUCAAGAACUCAGGCACCUGAAGAUGUUAAACCUGGGAGGUAAUGCUUUGGUGAACGUCUCCAGUACUUGGUUCAGUCAGCUAGUUGAGUUAGAGGUUCUCUAUCUCGACAGAAACGCCAUCAGUUACAUCGAGGAAGGGACUUUUGAAAACCUGACCAGUUUGAUCUCCUUACAUUUGAAUAGCAAUAACCUGACCUCACUGCCGUUUUCCGUUUUCCAACCUGUAUAUUUCCUCGGCAGGCUCUAUGUCUUCAGGAACCCAUGGGAGUGUGACUGCAAGAUGGAAUGGUUGAAAGAGUGGAUGGAAAACUACAAACUUGUCCGGGACAUCCCGUGUGCCUCUCCACCGUCAGUAGCGGGUAUGGAUCUGAGUCAAGUGCUCUUCCCCAAAUCUACGGAAGGGAUUUGUGUCGAUCCAGUGGAACAGAAUGAGACAGUUUAUACUCCAAUUCCGACAGAGCAUGCCCGCUCCAUCGCCGACAAUAGAUUCAGUAACCUUAUCUCGAAAUUACUUUUCCCUGAAAAGUACGAGGAUUCGGAGAACACCACCGAAAUCUUCAGGAAUAUGUCAGUCCCGGGCGGAGUUAACCGGGAAACGUCUACAGCGGUUACUGUCAACAGUAAUCUGGAUCUCCACAUCCAGGCAAUGCUGGACUUUGAUCUCUUGUUUCAUAAAAACAUACGUUUAAGGGAC